CCGGUGGCCGCGCCAGCACAUGGACGCUCUCCCGUCGUCCUCGGCAAUGAUUGGAAAUGGGAGGUUGUGCCGUGGAGGAGGUCAUCCAUCCACACCGUUCCAUCUUCCCCGUCGCCAUGUUGCACAAACGAUGGUCCGUUGGGAUGCUCGUGGCAUCCUCUGCAUGGAUUCCAUGCGCCGCGAACGCGCCAUCGUCUGUGAUUGCGUCGGACGUGUGGGCGGAUUUACACGCGGGUCCAAACGCGACAGUGAACGUCCUUGUGAGCUUUGUUGGCGGGACGGCCACGGCCUUGACGCACGCAAACUCGAUCGACUUUCAAGAUCUCCAUCUUCCGUCGGCCAACUCACGCGUCAGACGGCACUUGCUGCGUGCAGCGGCCACGUCUCAAGCGACAGUGUUGUCCGUUUUACGCGGCGACACGGCUCACCCUCGCCGCCGGUUAAAUGACGGCAGCGCUACACACAUCUUGUCUUCCCCGGAAAUUUGCCCUGGCCUCGACGAACUCGUCGUAAGGGAAAUCUACCUCACGAACCAACUCUAUGUUCGUCGAAUGACGUUGUGCAUGGCGGAGCAACUGGCGCUGCGCCCUGAAGUGGAGUCCGUCCGGUAUGGAGCGACGUUCCAGCUCGACAUGUCCGCCACCACACAGUCGCCGCGAUCAUCGUCGUGGAAUGUCGAUGCCGUGGAAGCGUCGCGGCUGUGGAGCGCCAACAUGACCGGUCAAGGUGUCGUCGUGGGGGUCAUCGACACUGGCGUCCGCAGCACCCACGACGUGCUGCGAAGCACCUUCCGGCACGAUCACGGGUGGUUUGAUGCGGUGGCGCAGACGCCGACUCCUCUCGACACCGACGGCCACGGCAGCCACGUGUCGGGAAUCGUCAUGCGAGUGGCGCCGGCUGCUCAGUGGAUCGCGUGUCGCGCGUGCACUGGCGGAGGGUGCAGAGAAUCACACUUGUUGCUGUGCAUGCAGUUCAUGCUGUGCCCCACCGACCCGAAAGGAAACGAUGUCGACUGCUCCAAGGCGCCACGUGUCGUCAACAAUAGCUGGGGAAGCAGCAUCGCCAACUUGCCCAGCUACAUGGCGGCAGUCCAAGCGUGGCGGGAGGCUGGAAUCAUCCCUGUUUUCUCGGGGGGCAAUGCCGGAGCUCAAGGCUGCUCGUCCGUCACGAGCCCAGCAGACUACGACAACGUGAUCGCCGUGGGAAGCGUCGAUGCCUCCCGAAUGCUGUCUGUGUUUAGCUCAACGGGUCCGACGGUUCAGUUUGGAAGGACGAAACCCGACGUGGUCGCACCGGGGGUCGCGAUAUCGUCGGCGUCGCAUCAAGCCGACGACCUGUACGUGGAAAUGACCGGCACCAGCAUGGCCGCGCCCCACGUGACGGGUUCGAUUGCGCUGCUGUUGAGUGGAAAUCCGCACCUGACGUAUGAUCAAGUGUACACUGCGUUGACGGAAGGAGCAUCCUCAGUCACAGGGGCAUCGUCUUCAUGUGGAGGGUCCCACAGUGAAGGCGGCUCGAACAACUUGGCUGGCCAUGGACUCGUGGAUGUGGCAAAGGCAGGACGACUCCUUGAGCUGCCGCGCCGUCGCCAUGGCUGUGGCGACAUGUAAACGAUGCAAAUGAAGUGGACGGCAUGAAAGGCCUCGACUCCUUGCACGCACGAUGGGGGGAGGUGUAAUAGGAGUCUCGCAACCUUUGUCAGCGACUCCAUCCAAGCUUGGUCAUACAGUCUAUUAUCUCUUAUUCCUUGGAAUGCGGUCGAGCAUGUACACACUUACACGAGAUCGACAGUGAUUCAAGUCGUGCACGCGGCGCGAGUUGAGCGAGAUGGGCGACGUACAGUUUUCCACUACUGCCU